AUGGAGUGUUACUACAUUGUCAUCAGCUCCACGCAUCUCAGCAACGGACACUUUCGCAACAUCAAGGGAGUUUUCCGGGGCCCUCUCAGCAAGAACGGGAACAAAACUCUGGAUUAUGCUGAGAAGGAGAACACCAUAGCAAAAGCUCUAGAAGAUCUGAAGGCCAAUUUUUACUGUGAACUCUGUGACAAGCAGUAUUAUAAGCAUCAGGAAUUUGACAAUCACAUUAAUUCAUAUGACCAUGCUCACAAACAGAGGCUCAAAGAGCUGAAACAAAGGGAAUUUGCUCGAAAUGUAGCAUCUAAAUCAAGGAAAGAUGAAAGAAAACAGGAAAAAGCACUCCAACGUCUGCACAAGCUGGCUGAGCUAAGAAAAGAAACUGUAUGUGCUCCUGGAAGUGGCCCCAUGUUCAAGUCAACAACUGUUACUGUGAGAGAAAAUUGUAAUGAAAUUUCCCAAAGAGUUGUCGUGGAUUCAGUUAAUAACCAGGAAGAUUUUAAAUAUACUUUGAUUGAUAGUGAAGAGAAUGCUAAAGAUGUUACCACUGUUGCUACAGAUCCAGAAAGCGCAAAUAAUUACACAAAAAAUAAUCAACUUGGAGAUCAAGCCCAGGGAAUUCACAGACACAAAAUUGGCUUUUCUUUUGCAUUUCCAAAGAAAGCAUCCGUGAAGCUGGAGUCUUCAGCUGCAGCCUUCUGUGAACACAAUGAUGAAGCCUCUGUGGAAAAAGGAUUAAGUAGAAAAAGCAGAUUUGUCCCUGGUGCUUGUCAUCUUCAACUAUCUUCACCAACAGAUGUGCUUUUGAGUCCUGAGGAGAAAGCUAACUCUUUUCAUCCAUCAGAGGGAAUGUGUACUUACAAAGAAACUGCUCAAACUCAAGAAAUGAAAGAUGUUUCUAGUGAAAAAGAUACAUUAUUAUUACCUUCAUUUUGCCAGUUUCAACUCCCUUUAUCUUCUGAUGCAGAUAACUGUCAAAAUUCUGUACCAUUAGCAGAUCAAUUACCACAAGAAGAUGUUAUUAAUGGAGACAUACCUGUGAGUGGUAAUCCUUCUGAGUUGUUAGGAAACGGAUGCACAGUUCUUGAUGAGGCUAAUGACUGCACAGCUUUGCAAGUUACCCUGGAGGAAAAUGCUAAGGACAAUGACGCAUCCACAAUUGAAGCUGAAAAUAAGAGUUAUGGUCCUGAGAUGUUGGCCCUUUCAAAUCCUGAGGAGGAUAAUAUAACCUUACAUAAAAAAACGGAUUUCCAUAAAAGACCCUGUGAGCCAUUUGCACCUGUACUUAACAAAGAUGGAUCCACAGUUCUUCAGUGGCCAUCAGAAAUGCUAAUUUACACAACUACUCAGCCAUCAAUUUCCUAUAGCUGCAAUCCUCUGUGUUUUGACUUUAAGUCCACUAAAUUAAACAAUCUAGAUAAAAACAAGCUGCCUUUAAAUGGCCUUUAUUCUCAGCAGAAAGGCGAUGACAUUUGCAAGAGACCAGUUUUGGAUUGCAAGGACAGAUCUAUUGCGGGACUCACAGAUGAUAACAUUGGAGGCAGCAGAAAUGAAUCCACCCAAGUCACUCCCCUUUCGGCUGAAGAUACUCUCUCUAAUAGUUGUGAUUCUGAAAGAAGUGAGAGUAUCGCUCAAAGGUAUAAAAAUAAUUCUUGUAGAAUCAGAAAAACAAAAAGGUAUAAUUUUAUUAAAAAGCAAAUAAAACACGAUACUCAUGAGAAAUACAACAAAACAAGAUUGAAAGAUAGACAUGAACAUUGGUUCCAUAAAAGUAGAAGGAAGAAAAAAAGAAGAAAGUUAUGUCACCAUCAUCAUGGGGAGAAAACCAAAGAAUCAAAAACUCACUUCAAAAUGGAAACAGAAAAUAGUUGCGAUGAUACGACUAAGAAAAAUCUACUGGAGACAAUUUCAGACAAGCAGGAUUUAGCUGUAGAGCAAUUACUGGACUCACCUCAAUUACCUGAUAAAAAGCCCAUGUCAGCAUUUAUAUACUUAAGUGAAAAUGAAGAAAUGUGUAAAACCUGGAACCCUGAAUACAAUAAUAACAAUGAUAUCAGUUCUAAAAAUCACUGUACAAAGAACUCAGUUGUUUUAAAUGAACAAUCCAAUCCAACGAUGAUACAUUCUGGGAAACAUUGUUUAGCAUACUCCAGAGCGUACUGUAGUUGUAAAGCCAAAAUGUCCAGCUCUAGUAAGGACCACAGAUGCUUCGUUCUUCAAGAUGACAUAAAAUGCAUGCGUCAAAAUCAGGCUGUUAAGAGAGGUUAUAAUUCUCUCAUUAAUGAAUCAGAAAUAUUUUAUCGAAAACGUAGACAACAUUCAUAUUCUUAUUCUUCAGAUGAAAGUUUAAAUCGACAGAAUUAUUUAUCAGAAGAAUUUUGGCGACCACCACGUGCUUCCGCUCCCUUUAAGCCUAAGAGGAAACGGAGGAGAAAAAGAAGCAGAUUCCACACCAGACUUGAAACUUUGGAACUCAAAGAGAAUGCAGAGUAUCCUGUGAAAGGCAAUUCUUCCUUAUGUCACCAGGAUGAACUAAUAAGUGAAGGUAAAAAAGAGGAAAUAAAACCACAAGAAACUGCACAUGUCGACAGGAACUCAGAAGAAACAGCCCAAGGAGAAAACAAACUGACUUUAGACCCGACCAGUCCCCUUCCUUCUAGAACCAAUGGUGAAAAUGAACACUUAGUAGUGGGCACGAAUUCUGGUGUCUUGCCAGAGAUUUCCAGUGAACCCACCACAUCUGUCUAUGUAGCCACUGCCCCCCCAAAAGAAGAAAUUAACAAUACCUUGCUCGAACAGAAAGCAAAAAACAAUAAAAGUAGUAAUGAAAAGCAAAUUCCUCCCAAGGUGCCUCAUGUGGAAAAGAACUUUAGACACUCACAACCUAAAUCAUACCUUUGUCACUAUGAACUGGCUGAAGCCCUUCCACAAGGAAAGGUGAAUGAGGCAUCAACUGAGUGGCUGCGUUUUAAUUCAGGAAUUCUUAACGCACAACCACCAUUACCAUUCAAAGAAGCACAUGUCAGUGGUCAUACCUUUGUAACGACAGAGCAUAUCCUGGCUCCAUUGCCUUUACCGGAACAAGCAUUACUGAUCCCAAUAGAAAACCAUGAAAAAUUCAAAAAUCUCCCCUGUGAGGUCUACCAGCACAUCAUACCGCCGAACAUGCUGGCCAGCAAGGUCAAAUUUGCCUUUCCUCCAGCCGCCCUCGCGCCCCCCGCCACAGCUCUGCAGCCUCUGCCUUUGCAGCAGCCCUUGCGUUCUACCUCUGUAACUGCCAUCCACCACACUGCAGCCCCUGCCGCCGCUGCAGGAGCCUUUAAAGUGCUUCAACCACACCACCAGUUUCUGGCCCAAGUCCCAGCUCUCACCAGAACAUCGUUACCUCAAAUCUCAAUAGGACCCGUCGGACCGAGGCUCUGUCCUGGCAAUCAGCCAACUUUCGUGGCUCCUCCCCAGAUGCCCAUCAUUCCAGCUUCGGUCCUUCAUCCUGGCCACCUGGCUUUCCCGCCUUUACCCCACGCACUCUUCCCUUCACUACUUUCCCCGCACCCGGCCGUCGUUCCCCUGCAGCCUCUCUUCUAG